CAACCGGCGAGAAAAUAAAAAGGAAAUACAUACAAUCCCUAGACAAUUAGCUUCAGUCUAUAGAUUACAAGAAUGGAAGGAGCUGUAGUAUUAUUAGAUUUCUGGCCAAGUAUGUUUGGGAUGAGAACGAGGGUUGCUUUGGCUGAAAAACAGAUAAAAUACGAGUACAAGGAAGAAGAUCUGAGGAACAAGAGUGAACUGCUGCUGCAGAUGAACCCUGUUCUCAAGAAAAUCCCUGUUCUCAUCCAUAAUGGCAAACCUGUUUGCGAAUCACUCAUUCAGGUCCAGUACAUCGACGAGGUCUGGAAUGAUAGAGCUCCUUUGCUCCCAUCUGAUCCUUACAAAAGGGCAACUGCUAGAUUCUGGGCGGAUUUUGUUGACAAGAAGAUAUAUGACCUGGGGGCCAAAGUAUGGAAGACAAAGGGAGAAGAACAAGAAACAGCAAAGAAAGAAUUUAUAGAGAGUUUGAAGCUGUUGGAAGGAGAGCUUGGGGACAAGACUUAUUUUGGAGGAGAAAAUCUUGGAUUUGUGGAUGUUGCUUUGAUUCCAUUUUAUUCCUGGUUUUAUGCGUACGAGAAGUGUGGCAACUUUAGCAUUGAAGCAGAGUGCCCCAAGCUGAUAGCAUGGGCUAAGAGGUGCAUGCAAAAGGAGAGUGUGGCCAAGUCCCUUCCUGACCAAGAAAAAGUCUAUGAAUUUCUCCUGCAGAUGAAGAAAAUCUUCGGAAUUGAGUAAUUUUCAAUUCUGGAAUCCAGAUUCCGGGCUUUUGCCUGUUAUGAUCUAAAAUAAAAUGGGCAUUUAGUUAUGCCUGCCUGGUUGGCUUUGUGUUCACCUUUUCGUUUCUACCCACUUAGCUGUGUGUAUCGUACUGUCAUUUGAAAAUUCUGGAGUUUUUAAAUUGAAAGUAAUCAGUAUUUGUUAU